CUUAUUGCUAGUAUAAAUGGGAGGCCUAAGUGCUAUUUUCAUCGCGAAAGGUCGAUUCACACAUAACAGUGACGUCUCAGUGCCGUGUCAGUUCAGUUUCAGUGACAUCCGUGACGUGCCAGUGGAGUCUCUUCACACAUAUCCGUACAGUUUCAGUUCAGUUCUCAGCGAUUGACGAUCAGGAUGGCUGCGUUUACAGACAGAGAAUUGGCUAUGAUUGCUGUAAUUUUAGAUGAAGAAGAGACGCAUCAUACAAAGAAGCGCAAAUGGGUACAUGAGGCUUGGAGAAAAAGAGAAACUGAAGGAGAGUUUGCUACCUUAUACAAGGAACUGAUGCACGACGAAACAAAAUUUUUCGAAUAUUUUAGAAUGUCCGAAGAGUGUUUCAAUAUUCUUCUCAGUAAAAUAGGACCACAAUUAAAAAAACAAGACACUCAUUGGAGAAAGUCUAUUACACCGAGGGAACAACUAGCAGUUUGUUUGAGGUACUUAGCUACGGGAGAUUCCCUAAAAACAAUUUCCUUUAGUUAUCGCCUGGGGCAUAGUACAGUAUACAAGAUUGUAAUGGACACUUGCAAGGUUAUAACUGAGCGCCUUCUGAAUGAAAUGCUACCAAAGCCUACAACAGAGAUGUGGAAAUCUAUAGCCAACGACUUUUUCACACUUUGGAAUUUUCCUAACUGUUUGGGAGCUUUGGAUGGGAAGCAUAUUAUCAUUCAGGCUCCACCAAAUAGCGGCUCUCUGUUCUUCAAUUACAAGAAGACGUUCUCAGUUGUUUUGCUGGCGCUUGUUGACGCCCAUUACAAUUUUAUUGCGGUUGAUGUUGGUGCUUACGGCAAGAACAGCGAUGGUGGAAUUUUUUCAAGCUCUAAUUUAGGCAAAGCACUUCAACGAGGUACCUUAUCUGUACCAGGAAAUUCUACAUUGCCAGAUACAACUACUGACGCUCCACAUGUAAUCGUAGGUGACGAAGCAUUCCCUCUAAAAAGUUAUUUAAUGCGACCAUAUCCAGGACAUGAUUUAGACCUACAGAAGCGUAUCUUUAAUUAUCGCUUAUGUCGUGUUAGACGAAUUGUCGAAAACACAUUUGGCAUUUUGUGUCAAAAAUUUAGAAUCUAUAAUAGGCGACUACAGUCCAAACCAGAAAAUGUAGAUAAUAUAAUACUUUCAACAUGUAUUCUACACAAUUUCAUUAAAAAGUUUGGUGCAAACACGUACAUAUACCAAACAAUCAACGCCAAUUCGAAUGAGACAAGAGAGGAAAUAAGACUUGACAAUCUGCCUAUGCAGGGGGGCAAUGCAACACAAGAUGCUUUUCGGGUGAGAGAACUCUUCAAGGAGUACUUCAAUUCAGAAAUUGGAUCUGUACCAUGGCAAGAAGAGAGAAUUACUUUUUAAUAUGUAUAAUAUUAAUAUAUGACUAUACUUAACAAAAUAUGUAUAGACAUAAAAAAUUAUAAUAAAAAUAAGUAGGUACUUACCAUUUACUUUCAUUUCUCCUCCUAUUUUAUUCCAAAUGUCGAGUUUGAAACUGUUGUCCAUAUAUUUUGG